UAAGUGUUUGGGUGGAGAACUUUUGGACUAAGAUUUGCUACACCUAUUACUUUUUUUUGGAUUUUGAGAUCACUUCUCUUGGGUCUCUCUCAUUAAUUCGUCCCAUUGUAUUUGCAGUUGACUCAAAAUUAAUACUACUAGUAUAAGCUAGUAAACAAUGGAGUAUGAACCAUGGUAAGGCUCUUUUACUCUGGGAGAAAUGAUAAGCCACAUUUUUCCUGUGUACCCAUAUCAAAACGAUGAGGAGAUGGUGAGAAGAUGAGUUUAAGAAUCCCUACUUUUCACCUACGCUGCACCUUACAAAACACAUCAAAAACCACCAGCCAGACAUUUCCCCGCGCUUUCCUGACGACCCACCUCCAGAACCCAUUGGACCCGAAUCUCUUGGCUCAGUUACACCAACAUGGGUCUGAAGACUCUGAACAAACUCCAUACAUUCUCAACAAACUCAUAUCCGUUUGCGCCAAGUCCCGUUUUCUUCACUUGGGUAUUCAACUCCAUUCUGCAGUUAUCAGAAUGGGUUUCCGUUCAAAUGUGUACAUUAACAGUGCUCUUGUCGAUUUGUACGGUAAAUGCGGUGUUAUUUCAAGUUGUCAACGAGUGUUUGAUGAAAUGCCUGACAGAAAUGUGGUGGCUUGGAAUUCCUUGAUGUCUGCUUAUAUACAUACCCAAUACCCUGAAAUAGCUGUCGGAUUGUUUCUAGAGAUGCUCAAGGGGGAAAUGGUUUUGUCGCCCAUUAGUGUUUCGACUGUUCUGGUCGGUUGCGUGCAGUUAGAAGCCGGAGAAUUGGGUGCUCAGGUUCAUGGGUUUUGUUUGAAAGCUGGGUUCUGCUUUCAUGUUGUUGUGGGGACGGGUUUAAUUGAUAUGUACUCAAAGUGUUGGAGUAUUGAUGCUUCGAGGAGAUUUUUUGAUGAAAUGCCGGAGAAAAAUGUUGUUACCUGGACUUCUUUAGUGACUGGAUAUGCUCAGAAUCAACAACCUUUUGAGGCGAUGAUUUUAGUUAGAGAAAUGUCGCGUUCAGGUCUCAAGUCAAGUGAUGUGACUUACACUAGUUUGUUGAGUUCGUUUCAUUCUCAAUAUGAUUUGGAUCACUGCAAGCAAGUCCACUGUUGCAUCAGUAAAGAAGGUCUAGAGUCCAAUUCUUACGUAGCAGUUACACUUGUAACUGCAUAUGCAAAAUGUAGCAGUAGCUUAGAGGACUUCUACAGGGUUUGCUCAGGUGUAACAAUAUGGGAUCAAGUUGCUUGGAGUGCAGUCAUUACUGGUUUCUCUAAUUUAGAAGAUGGUCAUGAUGCCCUCAUGUGCUUUUCUAAAAUGAGGCAGGAAGGCAUUACUGUAGACUUCUUCACAAUCACGAGCAUUUUGAGAGCAACGGGCACUAUUUCAGCUCUUGAAGUGGGGAAACAAGUUCAUUGUUUGGUUCUCAAGACGGGUUACACUUCAAAUGUGUAUGUACAGAAUGCGCUUGUCUCCAUGUAUGCAAGAUGCGGCAAAAUUAGUAUUGCGAGAGAGGUGUUUUUAUCAAUGCGGAAACACGAUUUGAUUUCAUGGAAUGCACUGAUUUCGGGCUUUUCUCACCAUGGGUAUGGUAGGGAAGCUGUUGAAAUGUUUGAACAAAUGAGAAGAACUGGGAUUAAACCUGAUCUGACCACCUUCUUGGCUGUGCUUUCUGGUUGUAGCCAUGUUGGGUUGCUAGACAAGGGACUUCAAUAUUUUGAAUUGAUGAAAAGUGAUGAUGCCCUUCAACCACCAAAAUUAGAGCAUUAUGCCUGUAUUGUGGAUCUCUAUGGUCGAGCUGGGUAUCUCCAUGAAGCGGAAGCCUUUAUUAAUAACAUGCCACUAGAUCCGGGACCUCAAGUCCUCAAAGCUCUUAUAAGUGCUUGUCAAGUUCAUGGAAACACAGAAAUUGCGGUGCGUUCUGCAAGAAAGCUUGUGGAGCUUUACCCAAGUGAUCCUGCUACUUACAUACUUUUAGCAAAUGUGUUGGCAAAUGGAGGUUACUGGGAUGAUGCAGCUGGAGUACGAAAGCUUAUGUUUGAUAGAGGAGUUAGAAAGAAGCCUGGUUCUAGCUGGAUUUGAAUUGAUGACGAGGGGACUGAUGCUUGUUGCUUGUACCCGUCGGUUUUUCAAAGUCGUCAUAGUCUUCUGAUUGUGGGCUUAACGUGUAGUGGAAGAAUGGCGAGCAGGUCUAUUGAGGGAAAAAAGGAAACUGGUCCAAGUACAGAAACCUAGAUCUUUCCCCUCAUCAAUUAAUAAUAGAAAACAAACUUCAAUGUUGAUUUGAGCUCAAAUGUUUCAACUUCACAAUGUAUCUUCAUUAUAUAGGUGCAUAGAUACAUUUUCCUAUGUAUUUUUGAAAGUGGACAGAAUUAGUACAAUUAACGAUUUGGAAAUGGGUCAAUCAAAUUCUCAUUCAU